AUGACUGCAUUGUAGAAGCGGCCAGCCAAGAGACGACCUGCUGGGUAAACAACAGUGGAUGCCUCGGAAGGCAGGAAUGGGAACUUCGUCGAGGGCAAACAGAUUCAACCCCGCAUGUUGCAAAAAGGACGGUGACACAUUUUGAAAAAAGGAUUUGGACACAGGUACGUGUUGUCUUUGUUGUCUUCUGUCUGGGAUAUUUAUCAGGCAACGGCUUGCUGUCCACUCUGGUUUCUCUCGAUUCGUUAUCGUAAUAUUGGUAGCUGAUAUUGUGGUGUGAGUGCUUUCCUAAUAAAGCGACAUUAUCCAGCCUCAGUCACUUCGGCACCGUUUAUGGGACAUACAGAGAGAGACAGACAGACAGACAGGCAAGCAGGCAGGCAGACAGCAGCUGGGCUUAUUGUAAUUGUUAAGCGUUGUAGAAAGUAUGCUUAGCCCCCAGCUUCAGGCUCGAUACUGCCAGCCUAAAUAAAUCUAUGUAUCUGUGUUUUUGCUUGCCUAAUCAGUUGUUAGUGGUCAGAAAGCACUGUGGGUAUCGUUAGAGCUCAGCAGUACUGAAUCAGUCGUACAUCUUGAAUUGGUUUGCUGUUGCCAUUUCUGAUUGCACCCACCCCCAUGUAUUUUCUAGUAUAGAUAGGCACCAGUUAACGUGGUAGAACUACCCCUUUUCUUCGUGAUCUUAUCGCCUGCAUUAGAAAUCAGCAGUAUUAUGGUGCAGCUUUGAGCCUUUGGGAUUUUUUUCCCCUUCAAGGCUGUCCUCUGAGGCCCCUGAAUUCAUGCUUGUCAUUGCGCAGCUUUUACAGUGAGAUCUGAAGCACUCUCACUUAUGUGUUAGAGAUAUAUAUAAAAGCAUAUAAGACCAUUGUUGCGUGUGCUUUUCACAGUUAUGCUAAAUACUUAAGCAAAUCACUCUCUGCUCACAUAAAACCCAGCAUCCCCUUUGACAGAAGUUGCAUCUUCAGGUCAAGUGACAGCCAGGGUGCUGUUGUGCAAUAUGCUGCUAAUGGACGUCACUUGUGCAUUUGGCUUUUCUCUGUCUCAGGAAAUGCUCUGUAGCCUACACGAGUUGCACAAAUGUACAUACCAAAGCAGUGCAGUGCAUUUUACUCAGACAGUUCCAGGAGCAUGUUGAACUGUGUAGUAGGUUUUUUUUUUUUUUUAAAAAUCCCUAUUUUGUAUCUUAAAAAGAAACUGUUUAUUUUUGCUAUCAACUGACUUUGUGUCUGUCCUAAAUGCAUGCAGUGUUCUUCAUGUUUGGUAUUUUAGCUUUUAGCUCCAUUUUUUUUCUAAAAGCAGAUUGAAGCAGGAAAUUGAAAUCCAAUUCAUAUUGUUGUGAAUUGUGUGUUCCCAGCACACAAUGUGGACAGGGACUAGCAAAGCUCUGAUUUCAUAUUUUUGUGUUGUGUUACAUCACUUGUACUUCCAGAUGGCUGCAUUGACAGAGUUGGUACAAUAUGUUCCCAAAUUAUAUUCUGAAAUAGUAGCAUCAUGAAUUUGUUUUCUGAUUACAUCGGGUCAACAAGUACGACCAGCUUGUUGCUACAUGCAUACAGUGCAGACUAUUUGACUUUGGGUUUACUGAUGGUAUAAAGCGCCCUAAAUCAGAAAAAAGUUAGCCAGAAAAAUACUGAUCUGUUUUUUAAGAGAUGAUCAAAUAGUUUGUUCGUGCUUGAAAAUACCUUAUACAGAACUAGACUGAUUGUGUUAAUGCCAAUAUUUGGGAAGUUUAAAUUUCUCUAUCAAUAUAUUUGCAACUGUUGAGGUACAUAUAGUGUAUUAUAGCUUUACUGAAAAAUGAACAUGAUAGGAUUGCUGAUUAUUAACCCUUCAGUACCUAACCUAUUGUAAAGUCACUGCUUGGCUCCAUUCUGGUGCUACUCUACUGCAUUUGCUGCAGUAAUCUUUGAGCCUUAGCUGUUCUGAUGGAAAAACUAUGUGAUGUUGCUGUUACCCCCAAACAUAUUUCUCUGCAUUAUAAUCAGUAAAACGAAAGAUUCUGAUGCCAAAACAUGAAUGCUCAUAUGGUAUAUUAAAUAAGCCAGUAUCCACUUAUACAUGGAUAUAUAGGUCAGGCUAGGAUCCCAUGUUCUACAGUAUGUAAACAGAAUGUUUUCUGCCCUUUUUAAUAGCAAUUUUAAAGCCUUUUCUAUUACAGAUUUCUAAUGUGUACCUUUGCAGUCCAUAUGUUUCCAAACACAAAUCCAGGAUUGCCAAUAAUGCCAAGCUAUGCAAUAUAUUUAUUAUGUAAUAUAUUGCAAGAAAGUAUUCUGCUUUACAUCUACUGAAUUCUGGAUCAGUGAACAGUUUCACUGAUCACUAAAUGGCAUCGUGAUUUUCUUGACAGUUUGGAAACAGAGCCCUAUCGGUUUUUAUACUCCAUGUUGGUGCAAAGAGCACUGUUGACUGCUGUGUGCUUUUAGAAUGUACACGUGGAGUCACGGAAAAUAGCUUUUUUUGUUGUAUGUGCAAAAAUGGUUUAAAUUUCACAAAUGACUGGGUUUGUCGUUGUUCUCGGAGACUUCAAAACCACUGUGAAAAAAUUUCCCAUGGCACCAGAGUGAAAGAGGCUCCUUCUCUUCACAGAUACACGUUGGUGCACCCAAAUAUAACUCAUAUAGUCUCAUGUAGUCAUGAAAUAAACGCAAGAAUUUGUCUCCCUUUCAGAUUUAUUUAUUUUUUUUGUCAUGCUUUUCUUGGUAUCCACAACAAUGCAAACAUAUCAGGGCUGUUGACUCAUCAUUACUUUGAGUCAGCCUAUGGGUAUUUAUUUACUGUCUUUAAUCAGCAGCUUGGGGUCAUUCUGUGUUAAUUUGUAUGAGAAAACAAAAUGACCUGUUCAGUGAAUAUAUUGUCUUGUAUUUAGACGGUGAGGUAUUGUUUUAGAUGAAUUACUGUUUCUUCGUGUUAUUGAUUGGCCAGUGAAAUGUCAAAAAUGUUUACCUUGAACAAUUCAGUGCAGAAUGAAAAUAGAAGUAUAAUUGUCUUACAGUCUAUUUAAAAAAUGCUGCAUUUGGUUAAGGAUAUUAAGAGUGAAGACUUGUUCGUGCAUUCAUGCACUUCUCAGAGUCAGGAAGUCUAGCUCCGGCCUAGCUGUAUUCACCUCCUCUUGAGUUGGAAUAAGGAAACACAGUUUAGUCCUGAAAGACGACAUGAUAAAUCAUUGCUAGGAGUGAUUAAAUAACUUGUUGACAGCUGUCUGCAGGUUUUAUCCAGCUUAUUACUAAAGUAUUCAAAUAAAAAUAUUCUCAGACUUUGUUUAGUUUUGUUUUUUAGUUUCAACAUGAAUGAGUGUUUACUUGAAUUAAGAAAUGAUUAUUUUUCUCCUUUUAAACACCAUCAGUACAGAACAAUCAUCUACUAUUUCUCUUUUAUGCAUCUUAGAUUAAAUGUAUGUUUCUUACCUGUUUUUGCAUCUAGUGUUUUUUGUUUGUCUGUUUGUUUGUUGUCGUUUUGUUUUUGUUGUAGGAUAGGCUGCAGAGGCCAUAACAGAGUCCAUCAGUAGUUGAUGCUUUUGGUUUUCCCUCUCCGUGUAUUUUCUUCUGGAUGUGUAAACAAACAUUUACAUUUACUUCAGUUUAAAUUAUGUCUGUAAGGCAGAUUUUAGUCAUGUUUGAAGAACACUGAAAAGCACAUGAUUGAAUUGUCUUAUUUAGUUAAGUUGGUCAAUUGAAGCUGCCUGACUACUGAGGACUUUAAGUGUGUUUACUGUGUAACAUAGACUAUUAAUACCUCAUCCAUCAGACCUACAUUGAGCUGACAGUACUCAUUCACAUUUUGCUUAUUUUAUUUUCUGUUUCUUUGUUGACUGACCUGUGUUAUUUAACUCUUACAUUUUCCCCCUUUUCUAGGUUUGGUGACAUGCAGUGGUGAGAAGCUUUGGAAUUAAUGCAAGUUCACUUGGUUUUUGCUCCGUGAGGUCAGACCUGCCACCAUGAAGAGUGAGGUGCCGUCUGAGGCCGCCAACAGACAGGAGCAUAUGAAGGAGCAACUGGUGAAUCCCGAACCCAUGGAGGCAUCCAAGAGCUUCCCUAACAACAUGGAGGUGAUUGGAAAAGCUGGCAGCGAUUUUGAAACUCUUUGUGAGUCGAGGCAUCGGCCCCUGAGAGACACGGGGACACAUAGAGACUCAGAACGGAGCUUUCCCGGACGUAGAAAACGAAAAGGCCAACAGGCAGGCCCAUCAGACUGCUCGCUCAAGGAUGGCCACAUCAGUGAGAGUUCACUGGCACCUCAGCGUCCCAGAGUAGAACUUUUACAGCAACCCAGCGAGGAUGAGCAUAAUCACGAGUCCUCUUUUAGUGACUGUGCUUCGUCCCCUUCAUCCAGCCUGCGAUUCGGGGACUCAGACACUCUUAGCUCGGAGGACGAGGGGGAAGCAGGAGCAACAGGAGGCCAACAUAAGGCCCCUGCCCUGACAGGAGGCGGAGCCACUGGAGUCGGCUUGCGCCCUGCUAUGGGCCGAACUCGGGGCAGCCGCACUCAUAACUGGGUGCGGUCUGAUGCUGAGCCCGUGCUGCUGAAGCGGGCGUGCCUGAGCAGCCGGCGGCCUCUACAUAGGAAACGCUUUGUGAAAACGGCUCCUGGAGGAGGUCAGCGGACUCAGAAGCAAAAGGAGAGACUACUACAACAGAGAAAGAAUCGUGAAAUGUUUGCACGCAAGAAGUAUGCUCUACACCACAGCACCAGUAGUUCCAGUGAGGAGCUCAGCGGCGACUUGUCCUCUGAAUCUUCUACUGAAGCAGAGGAUGAGAUGUAUGUAGAUGUCAGCAGCACUAGCAGCCAGACCAACAGUGCUGCUGUGGCCUCAGGUGCUCUGGACGAGGAUGUCGUGGUGAUUGAGGCGUCUCCAGCUCCCGCUCCUGCUGUCCCUGCAAGUGAGGAGAUCAAUGUGACCUCAACGGACAGUGAGGUAGAGAUCGUCACAGUUGGAGAUGGGUUCAGGUCACGCUCAGUGGGGGGUCUUGGCCGAAUGUGGGGUAAUAGUUGCUCCCAGAAUCGCCUCCAGGAGCCACGUGGACGUCACAGGCUCUCCACUGUUAUCCAACCGCUGCGGCAGAAUGCUGGGGAGGUGGUGGACCUCACGGUUGAUGAAGAUGAUCUCUCAGUUGUGCCAACAACCUCUGGCGGGAUUCAGCCUCAAACAGUCAGGUCGUCCUCAUCAUCAUCAUCAUCCCAUCAAGCCUCUACCUCAGAGCUCAAUGAUGCCCCAGGCCCUUCCACUAGCUGCCCAGGUUCAACACCUGAAAGUAUGCACACACAGAGGCCAAGUGGCUCUGCUCGCACAGGUCCAGAGGAUGACAACAGACCAGGUUUGUCAGGUACAACAGGAGAAAAUGCAGGCGUGGCCAUGCCUAGGCUCCCAUCCUGUUGCCAGCAGCACUCACCAUGCGGAGGCCCCUCCCCUGGUCACCUGCCCCUGAGCCACUCCCAUCCAAGCUGCUUGCAGGCGUCGUCCCCUCAGCAGACCAGCAGCUCUCAGCACAGCCACAGCAACACUCAACACUUUCUCCACCAUGCCCACCACCCAGCACCGCAGCCCCCAGGCACCAUGCUUUUUCCGGAGCCGAUAUGCCCCGUGGUGCGACCCAGUGCUCUGCCCGCCCCCUGCGCUGGAGUCAGCAGCAGCAGCAACAGCAGUAGUAGCAGCAACGCAGCCCACUACCAUGACCAACAAACUUUGCCAGUGGACCUGAGCAACAGCAGCGUUCGGAGCAGUGGAAACAGCGGGGCGAGUUUCCAUGGCAGCACUUCAGCCUUUGACCCUUGCUGCCCAGGUUCCACCUCACGGCCCCCUGCUUAUGUUUCCCAGCCCACCCCUGGGCCCAGUCAGCCAAGUGUGGUGGACUCAUUCAACUCCCCUAUGGUGGCUCAGCCCCAGCCGCAAACACAACCCCAGCCCUGCAGACAUUACAUGCACCCAACUUAUGGCCCUCUAACACGUUCACUGCAUCAUCAGUCCUCUUCCGCCUGUCCUCAUUCCCAUGGGAACCCCCAGCUUACACCUCAGACCCCAGCACAAGGUGAAUUUCUCAUUCCCCACACCUUUCAUGCACCUCUGUCAUCCCACCCGCCAGGCCACGCCGUGCCGCCCGCCCCUCCCCCGUCUCUGUCCACCCACCACCUCACUAAUUCAAGUGCCCAGCUGGCCCAACAUCUCCCUGCGGACCACCAGACCCUGCCGCACAUGUAUAGGAUGGAGGUUCAGAGGCGCAGGAUGAUGCAGCACCCCACACGAGCACACGAGCGUCCUCCUCCACACCCCCACAGAAUGCACCCCAACUACGGCCAUGGGCACCACAUUCAUGUGCCACAAACUAUGUCUUCCCAUCCUCGCCAGCCUGAGCAGAGAACAGCAUGGGAGCUCGGCAUCGAAGCCGUAGCCCCGUUCCCUUCAGGGCACCUGCACUCCCACCUGCCACACUACCACCCUCCCCCAAGACUGCACCACUUCCCCAUCCCCUUCAUGCACACUGGCAUAUCUGAAGUGACCUACCCGCACAUUAGGUACAUCUCAUCUAGAAUUACUGGCUUCGGAAGAAAUUAUGAGGACCUGCUGCAUUUAGAGGAGAGACUGGGGACUGUGAACCGAGGAGCCUCUCAGGGAACCAUAGAGAGGUGCACUUACCCACACAAGUACAAAAAGAAGGUGUUGGAGAGAGACAUUGACCAACAGUUAACCCCUGAAGCUUGGGCAUCUAUUGGGAAAAAUAUGCACGCAGACCCAGAAUCGAGAAAGCUGCACGGUAAGCAAGACGAAGACGAGGGGGCAGAUGAAGACACAGAGGAGAAAUGCACCAUCUGCCUGUCAAUACUGGAGGAGGGGGAGGAUGUCAGACGCCUACCGUGUAUGCACCUCUUCCAUCAGCUGUGUGUGGAUCAGUGGCUCCUCACCAAUAAGAAGUGCCCCAUCUGCAGAGUGGACAUUGAGGCGCAGUUGUCUGCUGAGAGUUGAUGCUGUUUUUUUUUUCCCCCUUUUUCUUUUCUAACAACCCUUUUGUUAAAAAUUUAUUUUGAGGUCAUAUUAAUUUCUCUUCAGUACUGCAGUCAACCAAAGAUGGCAUGAAUUACCCCUGCAGCAGCUCUACUGCAAGGAUAUUAAAAAAAAAAAAAAGACAUCUGACAGAGAAAAAAAUAAAAGCAUUGAGCCUAGAGUGCCAGCUAUCACAUGUUACUACAACAGCUAGAAUUCUCCAUUAAGGGUUUAAGAUUUUAUUGUAUUUAUAAAGCUUUUAUGUAGCUUUUUUGAUCGUUUCCUCAAGUGUCAUUUGCGUUCUGUUUCUCUGCAUGUUUCCUCGCAAUGCAUUUCUUUGCACAUAUAACGUGGGCUCGAAACGGCCUAACAAGUUGCAGGUGAGGAUAGCUGCUCUAGUAAAGAUGCAUUUCUGUAAACCUAAUGCCUCGCUUUACUAGAAUAGAAUGUCAACCUCCAGUUAAGGAAAAAAAAAAAAGAAAAACAACAAAAAACAAAACAAACAUUGCAGGAUUCAUUUUACCAAUCAUCGUAUCAUUGAUUAGUUUAUGUUUAGAAGAUGUGGAUUGUUAGUGAGAGAUGUUUUUUUUCCUUUCCUUUCCUUUUUUUUUUUUUUAAAGUAAAUCAAGACAUUCCUAACUAGGGAACUAUGUUAACAGAUCAGCUGCUGUAUUAGUGCACACCCAGUAUUUCUAGAGUGGAAAUAAACUCAGAUGUUCACCUCACUCCCAGAAUAUGCACACGCUUUGCUACGAUUACACCACCCGCCCCUUCCCCCGUUUUCCAGCACCUUCAUUUUGACUACAACACCGUUACCGCCACCAUCCGAUGUAUUUUAGAGGACAAAGAAAAAAGAAUGUCACCUCCCUCUCUUUGACUGUUCUUUCUAAACCGAACGAUUGUCGGGAUCUGCUGUGAAUCUUUUCUUCAUUCUGUUUGGGGUUCCUUCCUGCAGACGGGCCUGCGGACGCUAGGUUUAUGUGAGGUGAUCUCAGGUCGACGCACGACCCCGCAACCUGGGAUCAUUUUGUCAAUUUGAUACUGGCAGUGGCGUUGAUUUCCUGUGUGUAUAUGUGUGCGCGCGUGCGUGUGUGCUCAGAGGGAAAUACACAGCUCAAUCGGAGAUGAAUAUUUACUGUUUAUUCUCACACGUCGAACCAUUUCACCCACCCUCCCUUUUUUGUCUCUCUGUAGUUGAGCAGCGGCGUCUGCUUUGGCCGCUGAGAAAAGAAAAGAAAAAAACACUAAUGCUGUCGACUAACUCACUCGCAUAGACUUGCACAAGAGAGAAAAGGGUAGGAGGACCGUAGUGAAUAUGACAGUGUGCUGAGGCCAUGUAUUUCCACUCUGACGAAUAGUAAAAACUGAAAAAUUACAAUUUUGAAUGGAGUGUUGAAAUGCAGUACUUAAAGCAGGUAGCCAUGCAUUCAUUGACUUAAAGGCACCAGGAUCAUAUUCUGUGGGAUUUCUAUUAGUUUUAAAAAAUGAUAUUAAUAAACUUGGAUAACUUAA